AUGUUUUUAGCUGAAGAAUUAUUACAAUUAGAGUUUCAAGCUGAAAAUGAAUCAUCUGAGUUUAAUCACUCAUAUUCCGAUGAACCUCCUAAGAUUGCCGUUGGUGCAGUCUGUUUUCAAAAAACUGGUAUUAUAACAGAUUGUGGUGAUGACUAUGUUCUCAUCAAUGGAAUGUUAUAUUUUGCGACACAGAACUCUCUGAGUUAUAAUGUCAAUGACAAAGUUCUCUAUCUUGGUUACAAGGAUUCAAAUGAUUCGAUAAUAGUUGUAAGAAUAUUGGAAAACCAGGGCCUAUUUUGGGGUGACGAGGAUGAAGAAGAUGUUGAAAACUUCAAUGUUAUUGAGCACAUCCUAAUAGGUCAAGUAGAUUAUAGAGAGGAACGAAUGGUUUACAUUGUUGACAGUGAUUUAAAAUUCAACUUGGACAAUGUCACCGGUACAUUCAUUCCUAUUAAAGGCGAUUGGUUGGAAAUGAAAUGUACUGUACAACAAAAUGAAAAGAAACCCGUGGAUAUUAAUACAAAGCAAGUUAAAUCCUUUAAUGCUAUAAGAACCAAAACAAAAAGCGCCACUGUUAACCAAUGGUCUGGAAGUGAAGGGAUUUGUGAUAGACAAAUUUAUAUUAAUAACAGUGCAUUGGUCAAUGGAUCACAAAUUAAUGUUGGCUCAAAGGUCAUGGUGGAGGCUAUUGAAAGCAAUCAAGGAUCAUGCACAUGGAGGGCGUUGAAAUUAAUGACUCUUGAGUUUGGUCCUGAGAAGAAUGUGGCAGGGGAAUUAAACGAAGACCGAGGUAGUCUUGAUUUAGAGAAGGAAAAAAACAUACAAAUGACAUUCCCAUUAAUGUUUGAGAAUGUUAAAUUUGGGCAAACAGAGAGUUUAAUAUUAAAUAUAACAAAUAAGAGUAACAAUGUGUAUAUUCUAAAUAAAUGGAUAAUACUGAGUAAGAAACGAGAUUCACAAGUCUUUAUAAAUCCAUUCAUCAAUCAACCAAUAAAAUUAUCACCAGAAGAAAAUAUCAGCUUUACUAUAACAUGCGCUCCAAAGUUCAUGGGAUAUGCACAAGAGUGCCUUGUUAUUUUGUUUCGAGGUUUCCAACUGAAGAGAUAUAUUAAUAUACAUGUAUGUAGUGAUCAGCAACAAGUUAAUUUUAAUUUAAAUGGUGACUGCCAUAUAAUGGAAUCAGAUAAAAUUGAUAUGAUGAGAAAAAUUAGACGCAAUAACAAUUCAUAUGUACCCGGUGUGAAACCGAUCAAAUCACCACAUUUUAUAUCUGUGAAAAUUGGUAAUUUUCCAAUCCCUGAUAAAAUCUGGGCUGUAGUCUUGGGUGAUUCUGAGCAGACCAUUUUUGGUAGUGACUUCAAUAAGAUAGUGUCUUCUAUUGAAAGACAGCUACCUUAUUUAGCUCAAGAUUUGAACAUCACAAAUUAUAUUGACAAAUGGCAUGCUCUUUUAUACAUGGAAGAAAUACAAGUUAACCUCAAUAUGCGUGUUUACGACAGAUCAAAGGUAUUCUUGAUACAUUGCGACGAAUAUCUUGGCAUUGAAAUACCAGGGUUGUCAGAGAAGAGACCAUCGCUCGUUAAAGGAGAUAGGGUCAUUGUUAAAGAUAUCUGGAACGAAUCAAAUCCAGAAUACGAAGGCUAUAUUCAUGCAAUAAACGGCGAUAUGGUGCUAAUGAAAUUCAACAGCAGAUUUCAUGAAUAUUACGGUGGUAGUGAUGUUUCGAUUGAGUUUCACUUCAGUAGGACUUUGUAUAGACGAUCACAUCAUUGUAUCAACCAAGCUCUAUCAAAUUUAGGACCGGAAAUCCUAUUUCCGUCUCGUGUAAUAACUAAAGACUCUCAAGUAACUAAUGACGUCUUGGAAGAUAUUACAUGGUUUAACACCACUUUGAACGUGGAUCAGAGAAAUGCAGUGAUUAAUAUAUUGAAAGGCGAAUGUCGACCGAUGCCUUAUAUCAUCUUCGGACCCCCCGGUACUGGGAAGACUGUGACAGUCAUAGAAACAAUUUUACAAAUUUUGACCUUAAUACCAGACAGUAGGAUUUUAGUUGCUACACCAUCAAAUAGUGCGUCAAAUUUGAUAACUGAGAGACUUAUAAAAUACAGGAACUCGUUCUCGGGAUCAGUCGUGAGACUGAUCGCUAACUAUUUAGUUGAUUCUGACUCCAUACCAGAGGAUGUCAAGCCGUUUUGUGCCACAUUGGAUAUAGCCAGAGAGAAUACAACAAAAUCGAAACAUUACGUCAAGGAUAAUAUACAAAUUAAUUGUCAGAAAUCUUUAAUAGUCAGGCACCGUGUCACUAUUGGAACAUGCUUUUGUUUGGGAUCUUUAAAACAUUUAGACAUACCUCGAGGUCACUACACUCAUAUCAUUGUGGACGAAGCUGGUCAGGCUACGGAGCCGGAAAUAAUGUUACCUUUGACCUUUACCAAUAAGGAACAUGGGCAAAUUAUACUCGCAGGGGAUCCUAUGCAAUUGGGACCUGUCGUUAUGUCAAAAUAUUGUAAGGAGUUUGGAAUGGACGUAUCGUUUUUGUGCAGACUUCUAGAGUGCUUUCCAUACUUGAAGGAUUAUGAAUCUUAUGCUUGCGGUUUCGAUAACCGUCUGGUCACUAAAUUGAAUGAUAAUUAUAGGUCUCUGAAGGAGGUUUUAACAUUACCCAGUGAUAUGUUUUAUGAUGGGACACUAGUGCCGAAUAUAGAUAAAAGCAUGCCCUGGACUGAGAAAUUCAUUAAUGCGACUUGUGAAAUUUUUGGUUCGGAUGAUAGGAAUGGCGGUAUUUUUGUGUAUGGUAUUAAAGGAUCCAACAUGCGAGCUCAGGACAGCCCGUCGUGGUUCAACCCACAAGAAGCGGCGAUGGUCGCACUGACAACCUGUAAACUGUUCAAGAAAAACAUCACCGAAGAGGAAAUUGGCAUUAUCACACCAUAUGUAGCACAGACAAAGUAUCUACGUUUGCUAUUCGAUUCAAUGGGUUUGAACCAACCGAAAAUUGGUACAGUUGAAGACUUUCAAGGUCAAGAGCGACCGAUCAUUUUAAUUUCAACCGUUAGAUCUAGCGAGUCGUACCUCGAAGAAGACCUCAAACAUUAUUUAGGAUUUGUUAAAAACCCGAAAAGACUAAAUGUAGCUUUGACGCGGGCACAAGUGUCAGUUAUAUUAUUCUGUAAUCCACACCUCUUGGCCAAAGACAAUUUGUGGAGAAAAGUUAUAAGCUACGCAGUCUCAAAUGAUAAGUAUACGGGCUGCGAUUUGCCAACCAGUCUUAUAAAUAAUAUAUCUUAA